AUGCCGAGCAUCACAGUCAACAAUCAUCAAAUCGCAUACGCCGACACCUACCCGGGCGGUGCCCCGGCCGACGGCCUUACAUUCAUCUUUAUACACGGUCUCGGCUCAUCCCAGAAUUAUUACUUUCCCGUGAUUCCCUAUCUAUCAAGCCAUCGUUGCAUCACCAUCGAUACGUAUGGUGCUGCCCGGUCCCCCUAUAAUGGUGGCACGAUAUCCAUUGCCUCGAUCGCUGCAGAUGUGAUCGGGGUACUGGACGCAUUGCGCGUGCCUAAGGCGGUGGUGGUUGGCCACUCAAUGGGGGGUUUAGUCGUGACGCUCUUGGGUGCAGAGUAUGCUGAUCGCGUGGCUGGCGUGGUGGCCAUCGGACCUACUCAUCCGACAGAGAAGCUGGCGGAGGUGAUGACCCAACGCAGCGAGCUCGCUUCCACCGACGGAAUGGAAUCACUGGCCAAUACGAUCCCUAAGAGCGCCACGGGGGCACGCAGCUCCCCUCUGGUCCAGGCCUUUAUCCGCGAGCUGCUCAUCGGCCAGAACCCGAAGGGUUAUGCAGUGCUGUGUCAGGCCAUUGCCACGGCCCCGAUGAUCGACUACUCGGCGAUCACAGCACCGUUCCUGCUGAUCGCCGGUGAGGAGGACAAGUCGGCAUCUAUGGAGGGAUGUCAACACAUCUAUGCGCGGGUGUCAAGCGAGAACAGGCAUUUGGAGGUGCUUCGAGGCGUUGGACAUUGGCACUGCGUGGAGGCGCCUGAGGCGGUUGGACAGGCGAUUGCCAGGUUUGCUGAUUCUCACAUGAGGGCAACCACUUUUUGGUGA